AGCUAAUAUGCCAGUCAUUUAUUCUACUACACUCGAGCCCAUUAUGGAGGAUGAUAGUGAAAUAUUCAAAGCUCCCAGUCGCACCACAGAUGAUGGAAUGUAUGGAAUGACCGGGACUGGAACGAUGAUCCUGUUCAUUCUGUUAUUUUCGAUCUCAAAUUUCAUCAUUCUUUGCGCCUUUAUGCUGAAGCGUUUGUGUUUUCCCAACUCACGGCCUGGAGUCACGCUUCACCGCAAUUUUUAAGAAGAAAAGUUGUGAAAAAGAUUUCUUGUGAUUUGUUUCCAUAUUCAAAUAUAUCAGACAUAUGUAGAUGUGUAUGUUUGUAUAUCAGAGAGAAUAUUUGUAAUCUGUGGGCCUUGUUGGAUAUUUAUUCCCUUGAUAGUAGUAAUAAUUUUCUAUCCAUCAUGAAACUAAAUAGCUCCCCAU